AUGGUGUCCAGACUCUCAUCAUCAGCGCAAGUUUCCUCCCUCUUACCUCUAGAGGAAGAACAGCUAUCAAACUACGACCCCCAGAAGUACUACCCAGCUCAAAUAGGAGAAUCCAUUGGGAAAUAUCGCAUUCUCUCGAAGCUUGGAUGGGGAGUCAGCUCCACUGCUUGGCUCGCGAAAGAUAUGUCUCGAUGGCCGUGGCAGAAGACCCGAUACGUUACCUUGAAGCUAACCAACUGUGGUCCUCAAGAAAAAAGGGCUGCAGAAGAGGAGGUAGCGAUCUCACAGCAUAUUGCUUCGUCUUGUUUUGACCAUAAGGGCUUGAGAUAUAUACGGCUUGUGCAGGAGUCAUUUCAAGUACAAGGACGAUUCGGACAACAUAUUUGCUUAGUGUUUGAACCUCUGAGAGAGCCGAUCUGGCGUCUAGGAAGGCACCUGGGGGGCGUCGGCGUACCCAUUGACGUUCUCAAACCGUUUUUGAGGAUCUUGCUUCAGGGCCUUGAUUUCCUUCAUUCUGAAUGCCAUAUUAUCCAUACCGAUCUCAAAGCGGAUAAUUUACUUAUUGGAUUCGAGGAUCCCGCAGUCAUCCGAGAUUACGUCCGUCAGCAGAGUCUUGAUCCGGCACCGUGGCUGUUGAAAAUCGCUGACUUCAGUGCUGCUGUAUUUGGCAAUGUGCCCAUUAUGCAUAACCAUGAUAUCCAACCUCAGCCCUUCUGCGCCCCCGAGGUUCUUCUUAAUGCCGGUUGGACAUACAGCGCUGAUAUCUGGAAUCUCGGUGCAAUGUUAUGGGAAUUACUUGCUGGUACUUACCUUUUUGAUGGGCGCUGUGGUGCAGGUGCAGGUGCAGGUGCAGAGUACUCUCGGGAGCGCCAUGUGGCCCAAAUGAUAGGGCUUCUAGGCAAGCCACCCUCUGAAUUUCUUGAUAGAUGCAAACCCUCAAUUCGGAGUAGCAUGUUUUCAUCGCAGGGAGACUUUAUUCCCACACAUCUGAUCCCACCGGCGGAUUUUAAUUUUCAAAAUUUGACGCCAUUCGUUUCCGACGAGGAAAAAAAUCUCUUUAUCGCAUUUGCACUUCGAAUGCUUCGAUGGGAUCCAGAAUCUCGAGCUACCGCAAGGGAACUUCUCCAGGAUGAUUGGCUUCAGUUUUGAGCGUACUUCCAAAGAAAAAUCUCCCUGUUGUGUACAUUCAGAUACAU